AUGGUGCCAGACAAGUACAAGUCGCCGCCCCAGGCGCCGCCCACCUUCACGGGCACCAAGGACUCCAUCGUCGCCGACGCCAAGAAGAUGUGCGCCAAGACCCGCGCCCUGCUCGACAAGAUCUCGGCCGACGUCUCGGUCGACAAGGCCACCUUCCAGGACGUCAUGGCCCCCAUCAUCAAGGACGAGAACGAGGCCGCCCUCGAGGGCAGGCUUCUGGGGUUCUACCAAUACGUGGCCGCCGACGCCGAGCUGCGGACCGCCUCCACCGAGGCCGACAAGCUGAUGGACGAGUUUGGUAUCGAGUGUGCCAUGCGUGAGGAUAUCUACAAGCUGGUCGAUGCUACCUUUUCUCGCAAGGACGCGGAGAAGGACCUCGACCCCGAGGACCUGCGCCUGCUGGAGAAGGACCGGAAAGCCUACCUCAAGUUCGGUCUCGGCCUGCCCGCUGGUCCUCAGCGUGACCGCUUCAAGGAGAUCAAGACCCGCCUCAGCCAGAUCCAGAUUGAAUUCCAGAAGAACCUCAACGAAGAGGAUGGCGGCAUCUGGUUUACGCCCGAGGAGCUCGACGGCGUGCCCUCGGACGUCGUAGAGGGACUGGCCAAGGGCGAGGGCGAGAAUGACGGCAAGGUCAAGCUGACCUUCAAGUACCCCGACCUGUUCCCGACCCUGAAAUACGCCAAGAACCCCAAGACGCGCGAGAAGGUCUUCAUCGAGAACGAGAACAAGUGCAACCAGAACGUCCCUCUCUUCGCCGAGGCCGUCACGCUGCGUGACGAGGCCGCGCGCAUGCUCGGAUACCCCAACCACGCCCAGCUCAAGAUUGAGGACAAGAUGGCCAAGUCGACCGAUACAGUCGACGAGUUCCUCGGCGACCUGCGCGAGCGUCUGACGGCUGGUGGCGCCAAGGAGGUGGAGCACCUGCUCGAGUUGAAGAAGGCCGAUGUCGAGGCUAGUGGCAAGUCCUACGAUGGCAACUACUACCUCUGGGACCACAAGUUCUACGACCGUCUCAUGAUUGAGAAGGAGUACAGCAUCGACGAGACCAAGGUGGCCGAUUACUUCCCCAUCACUUCGACCAUUUCGGGCAUGCUGAAGAUCUUUGAGGAGCUUCUCGGUCUCGUGUUUGUGGAGCUGAAGGAUGCGGACCGCGAUGCCCUGAGCCCGACAGGCAAGGGCCAAGACAUUGUGGGUGACGGCUUCGUCGGCUACCUCUACCUCGACCUCCACCCGCGUCCCGGCAAGUACGGACACGCCGCCAACUUCAACCUGCAGCCGGGGUUCCUGCGCGAGGAUGGAUCGCGUCGCUACCCCGCCACGUCGCUGGUCUGCAACUUUAGCAAGCCCACGCCGAAGAAGCCGUCGCUGCUGAAGCACGAUGAGGUCGUCACGCUGUUCCACGAGCUGGGCCACGGCAUCCACGACCUUGCGGGCCGCACCAAGCACAGCCGAUUCCACGGCACCAGCGUAGUCAGGGACUUUGUUGAGGCGCCGUCGCAGAUGCUGGAGAACUGGUGCUGGACGCCCAGCGUGCUCACGUCGCUUUCCAGCCAUUACGAGACGGGCGAGAAGAUCCCCGACGACCUCGUCGAGAAGCUCAUGUCGACGAAGCACGUCAACUCGGCCCUGUUCAACCUGCGCCAGCUGCACUUUGGCAUCUUCGACAUGGCGAUCCACACGCCCAAGACGCACGAGGAAGCGAAGAACCUGAAGCUGUCGGAGCUCUACAACAAUCUGCGCAGCGAGAUUGCGGGCCUCAAGGGCCCCGAGGCCAAGGGCGAGAAGGGCGGCAACGGCCAGGCGACAUUCGGUCACCUCAUUGGCGGCUACGACGCUGGCUACUACGGCUACCUGUAUUCCGAGGUGUACUCGACUGACAUGUUCCACUCCGUGUUCAAAGCGGACCCCAUGAACGGCAAGGAGGGCCGUCGUUACCGUCACACGGUUCUGGAGAAGGGCGGCAGCCGGGACGAGAUGGUGUCUCUGGAGGAGUUCCUCGGCCGCAAGCCCAGUACUGCAGCGUUCUACAAGGAGCUCGGUAUCCCGAUUUAA